CGCCCGACUUUCUCCUCUCUGCCUCGAUCUCGUCGUCACUGUGGCGCGACUCCCAGCCAUUGCUACGCACCAGACGGCUCACCAGUCUUCGCGCUUCGAACUGGUCCAAGAGAUACCGCUCGCUUUCUAAGAAGACGAUAGCACGAUAGAGGAAGACGAGAAAGGCGCUUUUCACGCCUCUACAGAUCCAUCACAAUGGCUUCUGAAGGAGGCAAUCCGCCCUCGGCGCCAAGCGUCGAGAUCUCGCUCGCGCCCACGGCUGCCUUUGCUGCUUCUGCAAUGGCAGAUGACCAGGACAAGCUUUCUGAUUACAUUCCAGCUAGCGCCGACCUUAGCCGAGCACCUAGCGCGAGCGCCAGUGCGAGCAGGAUGCACUCGAAAGCGCCCAGCGAGGAGGGAAAGAGCAAGGACAGUGAGGACGAGGAAGAGGUGGACUCCGAUGGCGAGGAUGGAGAUGAUUCUAGAGAUGCGACGAUGGAUUCGCCGAGCAAAGCUGAGCGGCUGCAGGCACAACGACGCGAAAAAGCCGAGCGGAGCGAAGCGCGCAAACACGAAAAGUCAGCGCGGGAUGCGAAGCUGUCUUCGACGCGCGACGGACUCAACAGGAGCAAGCUUGCCGAUAGCAUGAAGCGUUUCAGCUAUCUCCUCGGGCAAACGGAGCUGUUCCAGCACUUCAUCGACAUUAAAAAGGACCGAGAUCCGGAGUUUGCAAAGUUGCUUGAGCAGACGCAGAGCAAGGCCAAGAAGGGCAAAAAGGGUGGAGCAGGAGAGGCGAGACGUCGAAAGACAGAAAAGGAAGAGGACGAGGAGCUCUUGGGCGAGGACGAACAAGAAGAGGAGGCGUUCGUCUUCGAUGAAAGCCCGGCAUAUGUCAAGGGAGGCAAGAUGCGAGACUACCAGGUGCAAGGUCUCAACUGGAUGAUCUCCCUCUACCAGCACGGCAUCAACGGCAUUCUCGCCGACGAAAUGGGCCUGGGCAAGACGCUACAAACGAUCUCCUUUCUGGGCUGGCUCAAAUUCUACCGUGACACGCCGAGAUUCCACUUGAUUGUCGUGCCCAAGUCGACACUCGACAACUGGAAGCGCGAACUCGAGAAUUGGGUUCCUGGAUUCAAAGUUGUCUCGUUGCAGGGCGACAAGGAGGCAAGACAAGAGCUCAUUCAGAGCCACUUGCUGACCCAAGACUUCGACAUUCUCCUCACAACGUACGAGAUGUGUCUUCGAGAAAAGGGCGCCCUCAAGAGGCUCUCGUGGGAGUACAUUGUCAUCGAUGAGGCGCACCGAAUCAAGAAUGUCGACUCGAUGCUCAGCCAGAUUGUGCGGAUGUUCAACAGUCGUAGUCGACUCCUUAUUACCGGAACGCCGUUGCAGAACAACCUGAUGGAGCUUUGGAGCUUGCUCAACUUCCUGCUGCCAGACGUCUUCUCCAACUCCGAGGACUUCGAGUCCUGGUUCAAGGAGAAAGGCGAAGAAGCCCAAGACCAGGUCGUCCAACAGCUGCACAAGGUACUUCGGCCAUUCUUGCUGCGUCGAGUCAAGAGUGACGUCGAGAAGAGCUUGCUGCCCAAAAAGGAGAUCAACGUCUUUGUCGGUCUGACGGAGAUGCAGCGAAAGUGGUACAAGUCGAUCCUGGAAAAGGACAUUGACGCAGUCAAUGGCGUGGGUUCCAAAAAGGAGGGAAAAACGAGGCUACUCAACAUUGUCAUGCAGCUGCGUAAAUGCUGCAACCACCCUUACCUGUUCGACGGUGCCGAGCCAGGGCCGCCUUUUACAACAGACGAGCACCUCGUCUACAAUUCCGACAAGAUGAUUAUCCUCGACAAGCUGCUGAAGAGCAUGAAGGCAAAGGGCAGCCGAGUUCUGAUCUUUAGCCAAAUGAGCCGCGUGCUCGACAUCCUCGAGGACUACUGUCUCUUCCGCGAAUACCAGUACUGCCGCAUCGACGGAAGCUCGGCCCACGAGGACCGCAUCUCUGCCAUUGACGAAUAUAACAAACCCGGGAGCGAGAAGUUCGUCUUCCUUCUCACGACACGCGCGGGUGGACUAGGCAUCAACCUUACCACAGCCGAUGUUGUUGUGCUCUUCGACAGCGACUGGAACCCGCAAGCAGAUCUGCAGGCCAUGGAUCGAGCCCAUCGCAUCGGUCAAACGAAGCAAGUUUAUGUCUUCAGGUUCGUCACAGAGCAUGCUAUUGAGGAGCGCAUCCUGGAGCGAGCGGCGCAGAAGCUUCGCUUGGACCAGCUCGUCAUUCAGCAAGGACGCACACAGCCCAAGAAUGCACAGCAGUCCAAAGACGAACUUGUCGACAUGAUUCAGCACGGUGCCGAGAAGAUCAUCAGCUCCAAAGAGAGCAUGCUGAUCGAUGACGACAUUGACAAGAUCAUCGCCAACGGAGAGGAGCGAACGAAAAAGCUCCAGGAAAAGUACAACGACUUGAACCUCGACGACCUGAACAACUUCAAGUCUGAAUCGACACUCGAGUGGGAAGGCCAAGACUUCCGAAAUCGACCGGGUGUCAAAGGCCUGUGGAUCGAGCCAUCGAAACGAGAGCGCAAGGGUGCCGUGUCGUACAGCGUUGACGACUACUACCGCGAAGCCAUGAGCACCAAGAAGCCCUCUGCACCCAAAGCGCCCCGUGCGCCUCGCCAGGUCACCAUUUACGACUACCAAUUCUACCCAUUGGAGCUUGCUGAGCUGCAGCGGCGCGAGACCGCGGCCUACCAGCGGAGCAUCGGCUACCGUGUACCGAGCAAGCAAGCCUCGACCGCUGAGGGAGCUGACCCGUCAACGUCGGAAGAGGAGCGCAAGAAGGAGCAGGAGUUCAUCGACACCGCUGAGCCGCUGACGGAGGAGGAGACGCAGCGGAAGGAAACGCUGGCCUUGCAAGGUCUCGCCGACUGGAAUCGACGCGAUUUCCAGGCUUUCGUGCGAGGAUGCGAAAAGUACGGUCGGAACGACUUUGCGGCCAUUACGGAAGAGGUUGGCGAGGCAAAGACGGAACGAGACGUCAAAGCAUACUCCAAGGUGUUCUGGGAGCGCAUCGAGGAGCUCAACGACCACGAGAAGAUUAUCCAGCGCAUCGAAGAGGGAGAAAAGAAGCGGGAAAAGGUGGCACACCUCGAGGAGAUGCUGAAGAAGAGGGUCGAGGCGUGCAAGAUGCCGCAGCACCAGCUUAAGAUCAACUAUGGAACGGGCACGGCCAAGGGCAAAGGUUGGAGCGAGGACGAGGACCGAUUCCUGCUGAUUCGCCUUGCGAAGCAUGGCUUGGUCGACGAUGCGUACGACCGCAUCAGGCAGGACAUUGGCCAGAGCGACCUGUUCAGGUUUGACUGGUUCAUCCGCAGUCGGACGCCGCUGGAGCUCAAUCGACGGUGCAACACGCUCGUGAGCCUUUUGCAAAAGGACGAUGCCGACGCGGCGGCCAACAGCGGCAAGGCAGGCGGUGCGGCGACCAAGAAGAGGACUGCAGACGCCUUGGCCAACGGAGACGGCGCCGGCUCCAGUCGGGGCUCGACGCCGGCAGGUGGCAGCAAGACGAGCAAGAAGAAGAAGACGUAGAGAUGUGGUUGCAAUGAUACAUUUGUAUGGUCUGUCCGACCGAGAUAUACAUUUUCCUCUACAGAGGUCGUUCACAUCGAGUCUCAUCGUGCCUGUUUGAUCAAGGCGUGCAUCGCUUCCCGCACACUCGAUCGCCGCAUCGCAUACACUUGAUAUCAGCCCAAUAGCCGCAGAUGGAACAAGGUGG